AUGCGGCUGCAGGCGACGCUUUUCUUGGUCGCCUCUUGCGUCCCCUCGGCAUUCGCCAUCUACGCUGAUGAGGUCGGUCACAUCGAUUACCACCAUGCGCUGCUAGGUGUUCCUUCAUCUCAGUCCACCUUCUUCCACCGACCGUCCUCCUCUUCAAAUGCCGCUCUUCUGUACACGUUAUCCGAAAAUUCACUUCUUGGAGCGGUCAAUCCGAAAGACGGUUCAUUAUUAUGGAGGCAAAACCUCUCUCGCCCCGCCGUAACGCCCGACCGUGACGCCCAAGGUUUGUUACGUGCCUCUGGAGGAAAAAACGCGGUUGUCAGCGCAUUAGGGGACUACGUUUCCGCGUGGAGCGCUCUAGAUGGAAAGCUGAUAUGGAAGAGCUCAUCACCGGGUAUGCCGGUGGUGGAUCUUGAGCUCUUAGAGCUGGAAGACGCCAGCUCUGCUCCGUUGGUCACUGACGCAAUUGCACUGUCUGGAGGCCAUUCAGGCUCGGUUAGACGAUUGGAUGGGUCAACUGGUGAGGUCAAGUGGGAGUACCAUGAUGAAAGUGGUGAUGUGCCAUUUCAAGUGUCCGCUUCCUCAACUGCUGUCUUUUACGUCUCCCUGCAACCGGCUUUGCUGAAGGGUUACAAAAUCCGCGUCACCUCGCUAGAUCCUCUAACCGGUCGACAAGCGUCUCAGCAGAUUCUCAACUCCGACAGCGAUGUUUCCGGACCGGACUCCGUUCUCUUUGUGGGCGCCAACACCGCGUUUCCUGUCAUCGCCUGGGCAGAUAAGUCGCAUAGGACGUUGAAGGUUAAUGUCAUCGGAACAAAACAAGUGACGCAGGUUAAUAUUGAGAACACCAGCGGAGAAGAUAUCAGGUCCAUCUAUAUCCACGCCCCAAAGGCCCUUAAUGCGCUGCCCCACUUCCUGGUCCAGUACGAGACGGCAUCCGGUUCAUGGGCGGAAGUCUACCACGUUGACUUGGCAUCUUCGACCGUUUCCAAGGCGUACAGUUUGCCUUUUUUGCAGGGAUGGUCUGUCUUCUCUACGGGCACCAAGGACGCCAAUGUUUAUUUCAUCCGGGUCACCGAUUCUGAGACUACAGUUGUGUCGUCUGUCUCUCACGGCAUCAUCGGAAGGUGGACUCAGCACCCUUCCUUAGAUGGUGCUGUGCAUGCGGUUUCAGAGGUAGCCAUGAAAGGCGACUCCGUGGCUGUUCGUUCGGCCAUAGUAUUGGAGUCUGGUGACUGGCAAUUGAUCCAAAAUGGUGCGGUUGGGUGGACUAGACCUGAAGCGCUGUCCGGUGCGCUGGCCGCUAGCUGGGCGGAUGUCGACAGUCAGCAAGAUUUGGCCCAUCAACUCGAAGUUGAAGGUCACGAGAGCCUCCUCAAAGCGUACACGCACCGUGUGAAGCGUCACCUUAAGGAUCUCGAGAACCUUCCCAACUGGCUAAAAGAUCUCCCUAAACGUGUUAUCACCAGCAUCCUGGCUGACGAGGUUUCGAACUUAGACAGCUUUGGCGUCUCCAAACCUGUCAUCGUUGCUACGAAAAACGGAUGGGUCUAUGCUCUGGACAGUGGAAACCACGGCAAAGUCGCCUGGAGCGUCAAAGCUGCUGAAGCGGACACCUGGAAUGUCAAGUCAAUCCAGACUCAGCCCGGACUAGCGACCGUACAAGCUGCUGACGGCAGCUCUGUUACCCUAAACGUUACUACUGGGCAUAUCACUCACACCUCCGCUGCCACAGAUAAGCCCUCAUCUGAAGCCAACACAUCUCCAGACGUGUACACCGUGACGCAAGAAGAUGGGAAAAUACUCGGAUGGAGCUCGAAAGACUCUCGCAUCCCAGUCUGGACGUUCCAGCCCGCGCCAGGCGAGAAGAUCAUCCGCGCCACUGCCCGCCCACCUCACGACCCAGUUGCUUCCAUCGGCAAGGUCCUGGGCAACCGAUCCGUUCUGUACAACACGCACAAAGGAGUGGACACUGCGCAGCCCAUCGCAUCUGCCAUGUCAGAGAACUGGUUCGCAUACUCCUUCUACGCCGAGGGCACCGAUCCCUCUGAGCCCAAGGGUUACCAGCUUGUCAUUUCGGAAAUGUAUGAAUCGCCCAUACCAAACGACCGUGGCCCUCUAGGAUCCGCGUCCAACUACUCCUCCAUUGCCGACCUGCCCCAACCUCACGUCAUCUCCCAGUCCUUCAUCAUCGCAGAGCCAAUCUCUUACAUGGCCGUCACCCAGACCCGCCAGGGCAUCACAACGCGCCAGCUCCUCGCCACACUUCCUGCGUCGAACGCUAUAAUCGGCAUCCCACGUCCAGUCCUCGACCCCCGCCGUCCAGUCGGCCGAGACCCUACUCCUACGGAAGCCGAAGAGGGCCUGAUGAAAUAUGCGCCCUUUCUUGAUUUCGAUGGGCGGUGGUACCUCUCUCACGCGCGUCAGGUGGCAGGCAUCAACACCGUUCUGUCCGCACCCACGCUCCUUGAGAGUACAAGUCUGAUAUUUGGUUUCGGAAACGAUAUUUUCGCGACGAGGGCGACCCCGUCUCAGGCUUUUGAUAUCCUGGGCAAGGGAUUUUCGAAACUGCAGUUGCUUUUGACAAUUGUUGCGCUGGCAAUUGGUGUUUCGAUGUUGGCUCCUAUGGCCCGCAAGAAGAAGAACGAUACUCUUUGGAAAGCGAGGUAG